AUGUCUGCUUCCAUCUUCCGUGCCGCCGCCCGCGGUGUCCGGGCACCCCUCGUCGCCCGCCCCGCUGCCAUGACCACGCGCGCUGCCUUUGUCCAGAAGGCCGCCUUCAGCGCCGGUGCUCGGCUCCGGUCUGAGCACCAGGAGGAGACCUUUGAGGAGUUCACCGCCAGAUAUGAGAAGGAGUUUGACUCUGUCCAGGACGUCUUCGAGCUCCAGCGCAACCUGAACAACGCCUUCGCCUACGACCUGGUCCCGUCGCCGUCUGUGCUGAUUGCUGCGUUAAAAGCCGCCCGGAGAGUCAACGACUACCCGACCGCCGUCCGCGUUUUCGAGGGCAUCAAGGCCAAGGUCGAGAACAAGGGCCAGUACCAGCAGUACCUUGAGGAGCUCAAGCCCUUGAAGGAGGAGCUCGGCAUUGUCCUGAAGGAGGAGCUGUACCCCGAGGAGUCCGCCUAA